GAAUAACUUGUAAAAAUAUUUUUUAUAUACUGCAACACUAAGAAAUGUCAAAUUUAUUAAAUUGAAAAUAGAAUUAAGUUUUCGUAAUAGAAUUCUUAUUUCGAAGGAAUAUCUUUAGCAAGUAAAGUUGAUUGGUUUAAUAAAGUGACUAAAGAAAAAAAUGUCUAUAUCACCAUUUUUCCGUAACCCUGUUACGGACAUAACGGGUGGGUUGGUCUCCCACCAAAUGCUGGGUGACUGUCAGAGACAGGAGAUGCGGUUCAUGGACUGCCUGGAAGCCUACGGCCUGGAUCGUGGUAGAGUAAAGUGCGCUAAUAUAUUUGAAGACUUUCACGAGUGUCAGACCAAGACUAAACAAUUUAAGAGAUUUAUGGCUAUGAGAAGGGAGAGAGACCGACAAAUAGCUGAAGGAAAACUCAAGGGUGAUGAGAAGUACCUCAGCCCCAAAAUUGAUAGUUUUUGAUAUGUUUGUAGUGAGAUGUAAAUAAAAUCAAAAAUAUAGAAAUAAUACAAUUAAUCAUUAUUAAUAA